GAACGUGCGUCGAACACAGGAAGUUGAAUUCAUCAGCUGAUCCUGCUGGCUGUUGUUGAUGCCCGAAGUUGCUGUUGUUUGGACACUGUGUUGCUCUUAUCUGCUGCUGACAUUGAAGACACAUUAAACCCGACCGAGGGACACGGUGGGCAUUUACCGACUGACGAGCUUAUGAGUUACAAGACAAGCGUCUCACAGUGAGGAAUUUGAAUUUGCGCACUAGGCAGAAGAGCUAGCUCCAAAGCUCGAACCUUUGGUGAAAGAAAGACCGCAAAAAAAAAAAACUGCCGACGGCUUGGCGUGCUGCCUUUUGUUUAUCUCGCGCUAGUCUGAACCGCGAUAUUAAUUUUAUUUGUCUUGAAUUUAGUUUUUUUCUUUCUGCACAUACGUUAUUUAUAUUUGUACUUUAUUACCAGUACGCGGAGGGUCAGCUAGCUCGUCAGCUAACGUUAGCCCAUAGCGCAAAAAAAAACGGUCUUGUUGUCAAGCUUUGAUGCUUUCGUAACCGCCCAGCAGUGUCAGAUAACGAUAGCUAACCGUGAGAAUAGUCGUGCCUCUAGUUUUUAAGUGCUUGCCACUGGAUCAGGUGCUUUGUUGGUGUGUUGGAGACACAGGACCGCACUGCAACCGAACAAGUCCAUGUUAAAUCGGAGCCUGCUGGAGAUGUGUGUGUCUGUUAAACGCGUCUGACUUAUCUGUUUGUUUAUUCCUGACUUCUAGCCAAGUGAACUCAGUUUUCUUUUUUUCUUCUUCUUAUCCGUAUCGAUUUGAAACCACACAAACAAGUAAUAGGUUAACUGACAGCUGGCCUUGUACGUUUUAGGUUGCGUAAUUUGUGUGCAAGCUGUCCAUCUUUGCUGGGGAACUUGUUAAACUGUUAUUUUAAACGUAUGUAUCUCUGUAAGCAUUAGGUGUUAAGCCACAGGUGGCUCUGUGGAUGUCAUUUUGACUAUUCACAUAUGACGUGAGAAAGCGGCGACCUUUUCCUGUAACCCAUAGAUUGAGUAGCUGUUUGAUGCUCACACUCAGAAAAACAAACAGAUAAGAGUUAUGAAUUAAAGUAGCCAUCUGAAACUAUUGUGAGACUGUGCUGUGAUCAGGGAAAGACAGGCAAAGAGAAAGGGUCCCUCAGAGGGUCCCCCUUGUGUGUUGAGGUGAGGUGAGCUGACCCACCCCCCCACACACACUACUUGCCAAUGCUGGAUCUGGAGGUGGUGCCUGAGAGAUCACUAGGAAAUGAGCAAUGGGAAUUCGCCUUAGGGAUGCCAUUGGCCCAGGCCAUCUCUAUUCUGCAGAAACACUGCCGCAUUAUUAAAAAUGUCCAGGUGCUAUACAGUGAACAGACGCCACUCAGCCAUGACCUCAUACUGAACUUGACUCAGGAUGGGAUUAAACUGCUGUUUGAUGCCACAAGUCAGAGACUCAAGGUGAUUGAAGUGUAUGACCUGAGCAAAGUCAAGUUGAAAUACUGUGGAGUCCAUUUCAACUCUCAGGCCAUUGCCCCCACAAUAGAGCAAAUAGACCAGUCAUUCGGAGCUACGCACCCUGGAGUUUACAAUGCUGCCGAGCAGUUGUUCCAUCUCAACUUUCGCGGCCUGUCCUUCUCCUUCCAACUGGACUCAUGGAAUGAAGCUCCAAAAUACGAGAUUCCACACGGGGCCAUGGUCAAGAGGAUGCACAUCUACACUGGCAACAACCUGCAAGAAACAAGAGCUCCGGCGAUGCCGUUGGCUUGUUUCCUUGGUAACAUCUUUGCAGAGUGUGUGGAUGUCCUGAGAGAUCUGGCAGGGCCUCUGGGGCUCAAACUCCGCCUUCUCACUGCAGGCUGCGGUCCGGGGGGGAUGGCUGACGGUAAAGUGAGGUCCCUAGAAAGGAGCAUCUACUUUGGAGAUUCUUGUCAGGAUGUACUGGGUGCUCUGGGCUCGCCACAUAAAGUCUUCUACAAGUCUGAGGACAAGAUGAAGAUCCACUCUCCAUCUCCUCACAAGCAGGUUCCCUCCAAAUGUAACGACUACUACUUCAACUACUUCACCCUCGGAGUGGAUAUCCUGUUUGACUCUACAACUCACCUGGUUAAAAAGUUUGUCCUCCAUACCAACUACCCCGGACAUUACAACUUCAAUAUAUAUCAUCGCUGUGACUUCAAGAUUCCACUUGUCAUUAAGAAAGAUGGAGCUGAUUCUCAGACGGAGGACUGCAUCUUAACCACCAACAGCAAGUGGGAUCAGAUUCAGGAAAUGCUCGGUCACCCGAUGGAAAAACCAGUCGUGCUCCACAGGUCCUCGUCAGCCAAUAACACCAACCCCUUCGGCUCUACCUUCUGCUUUGGACUGCAGAGGAUGAUCUUUGAGGUGAUGCAGAAUAACCACAUAGCAUCAGUGACCCUCUAUGGUGCUCCACGGACCGCUAGCCAAGCCCGACCUGAAUCCAGCAGUAGUUCCCACUGAACAAGUCACCAGAACCGCAUCUCAUUCUGGCCUGUCCUGAAUCUAGCACCUCUGCUGACUGAACCUCUAACCCAGAGCCAGAUUCGUGACCAAGCAGACCUACCAAGUCAACAACAAAGUCAUUCAUACCCAGCGCAGAUGCUACUCCUCGAACCGAAACGCAACCAGAAUAACCAAGUCCGACCUGGCAUUAAUCACCCUUUUUUUUCCUGGUGGGUGGUCCUAAGACUUUGCUCUUCUGAUCGGACACACCCAGUCGGCACGGUCAACCCGACCCAGACUAGCUCAGGGUCGAGUGACGCGUUCGCAGUGCUGGACCACCGAUGCUUUGAAACAAAACCAAUCAAAACGACGUCUCGGUUGCGCGGGAAUAUCGCAGUGGUGCUGCGAACUGACGUGGUGAAGAAAUCUGUGCUCAACUCGAGCUCUCCUGUUUCCAUCCAACGACUGAAUUUGCCCAGGACCACAGAAGAAGUUUGUCCAGACUGUAUUUUGGAUGCCAUGGUUCCACCAGUGAGGUGUCAUGGCAGCCUGUAUAUGACAAUAACCUCCAUUUACAUUUUGUGGUGAAAUGAUUCAGCAUUUAAUUAUCAUUGUGCAAAAAAAAAAAAAAUCUCUUACGGAAAACUGUGGUGGCCAAAAGUCUUGAAAACAAAACUCUUGCUCGAACCCACUGAAUAAACAUCAAGCAUCAAGCAUCGACCACACUGCCAGCCCAACCGGUACCGCCUGUCUUCCUGCCGCGACUUCAGAACCAGGCCCGACUGGCUCAAUGGAAAGCCGGACGCAUUAAAAACCGCAAGAACCAAACCCGCCCGUCCCAAUCAAGAGCCAAUCGGAGCCCAAAACUCAUCGGAAGCUGCAGGAAAAAAACAAAAAAACGUGCAAAUCCAGAUUUUGUCGUACGAGUGAAGAACCAAACGCGCUCAGUUUGGAGAGACGUGGCCCAAAAACACACCCACGACGGGCCGGGUGAGCCCCGAUGUGAAGCCUCUCAAAGCAAAACGACCCAAACGAGGUCAGCGUUGUUGUCUCCCUCGUCCAGCUUCCUACUCACGAUUCCUCCCCACUUUUUUCAUCGAUGCCCACAAACAACACACGGACACACACACACACACACACACACACACACACACACACACACACACACACACACUCAAGCACACAGCAGCAAGCACCCCAUUAACCCACAGCUGUUGUUAUUCACAGCUCUGGGAGUUGGCGUGUCCCGUCUCCUCGCACACACACACACACACACACACACACACACACACACACACACACACACACACACACGCAAGCAAGCAUUCAAACACACACCGCAUUUCACUUCCUACUCAACUACUAUUCUCACACGUAUUUCUAAUACAUGUAAGCUGGUUUAUAUUUUUUAGCCUUUUUAAGCACAAAAAACAAACAAACAUGGAGACAUGCAGGCAUGACACAAGGAUUUGCAUGAACUUGGCAGAUGCUUUUUGAAUGAGAGGAAACUUAUUAUAAGCACAAACCGGCAAUCCGUCUUGUUUUAUUUGACCCUGCAUGUUGUGAGGGGCAGAGACGCGUUCUAUUUCUCUCUGCCCUGAUUCCCUCAUUCACACCAUGACCAUUUUCAUUGUGUUCUCUUGUUACAUUUGCACUAAUGCACACCUUUUUACUUGAUUGGUUGAUUGUGCCCUAUCCUCAGUGAUAGCAUUGUGAAGACAUUUGGAGGUGUGUGCGUGUGUGUGUGAAAGAGAGAGAGAGUGUGUCUGUGUGUGUGUGCGUGUGUGUGUGUGUGUGUGUGUGUGUGUGUGUGUGUGUGUGUGUGUGUGUGUGUGUGUACACUCUUCUCCCUCUUUCUUCAUCUCUACACGUGUUCGAUGCAUUGCAGUUCAUCCCUCAGCAGUGUCUGCAUUUUAUUUCUUUUGUUGAAUUGCCAAAUGCUCCAGCCAAAGACAUUUCAGGAUGAUUUCAUUUGAUCUGCUCACACUAUCACUGUAGUCUCCUGUCUGCACCUGUCCCAAAGGAGAGAGAGAGAGCUGCGUGUCGGCCGCCUCCCUUCUCUCUUGCGUGUGCCGCGGUAACGACUCUAAAUUCAGCUCCUGGUUUCUGUAAACGCCGACAGUAAUUGCACAAGACGUGAAUAGCUGACUCACGUGUGUGCUUUUUGAAACCAAUCGGCCUGUCUUUCAUCUGGAUUUGGUCACAGCCAGAGACUCAUUAACAACAGCAACAACUAGCACCGUUGUUAUUGUUGUCAGAGAGCUGUAAUUUAAAGAAUUACCGUUAUUCCUCUGUGAUUUCAGUACACCCAUUUAGGAAAUGGGGAAGAACAUCAGUCAUUCCUUCAUCCUAACAUUUGUUUCCCUUCCCAAUGUCUGAAUUUAAAAUCUUUUUAAUUCUAAGUAUUUCAAUAAACUGUGUAUUCAUGUUAAUACA